AUGGCGGCGAGAAUUCAAUCUAAAUUAUAUCAAUUGCUGAAAAGACGAAAAAUUGAUGAAAGAGAAAAAGAAGUGAAUAUUGAGGAAGUAGAUAUUGUGCCAACAGGGCAAAGAGAAGAUGCUGAAGAGGAAUCGGACGAGGAAGAACAAGAAAAUAUUGUUGAGUUAGCUGUAGGCUCAACACAAAAAGGAGGAUUAUCUUUGUGGUAUAAUUCAUAUCGCUAUGUAAUGACGUCAAAAAAUUGCAAAAACUGGCGCUGCCCUGAUCGAAGAUGUACAGCAAAAGUGAAAGUGCUUUCAAUUGAAGGCGAGCGUGCUCGAGGUAUUCUAAUAGGCGAGCAUGAUCAUAUGGGGGAUGCUAUCGGAUUUGAGGUCGAAAAACGACGAAAGGUUUUCACCGAACGAAUACAAGAAAAUCCAACAAUUAAAACUAAAAAAUUAACUGAUGAGUUACGCAAAGGAACAGCCGAAGAUACGGAAUUGUUAGUUAGGUAA